AAAUCGUAUUCCAUCUUGCAGUGAUUUGGCGCUAGCAUACCGUUCAGUCAAGUAUAUGUUGGCGGUUGCCUGAUAGCACUUGACGAGACAAUGGGGCUGGCCGGCAGAAAGGAAAAACAACGCAUUCCAAAUGACCCACGAAACUUAUCAUGGGCAGAUGAUGCAGCUCGCUUUGGCCAAUCUUACAUGUCCAAGCUCGGCUGGGACCCCUCAAAAGGUCUAGGCGCCUCAGGCGAUGGCAUGAAAUCCCAUCUUAAGGUCUCUCAAAAGCUUGAUAUGCUCGGGAUUGGCGCCGCUCAUCAGAAAGACCCGCAUGGUAUCGCGUGGAAACAGAAUAAGGAAUUCGAGGCUUUGCUGCAGAGGCUUAACGCGCAGGAUGGUCAAGAUUCUGCCUCUAAGCAUGUACUAGGAGAAUUUGUCCGGCCUGAGCACCCUGCAGCGAACGCAAACUCUGAAGAGGACAAGGAACCGGACCAAUCACCGAAGAAAGAGAAGAAGCGAAAGCGAAAGGAAGGGGGACAUGCCGAGGACGGAAAAGAAAAGAAGAAGAAACGGAAGAGAGACCAGCGCCAGGAUGAAGAUGUCGAAGAUUCACCUGCAGCAGAUGCAUCAAAAGCCACUUCUCAGCAUAUCGAUCCUCCUGCCCCAUCCCCAGAUAUCGUGUCACCCAUUCUGCAAACAAGACCAAAGGGACGUCCUAUGGCCCACCGUGCUCGCAUACAAGCUGCUAAACGCCUUGCCAACAAAUCAGCAGCUGCCAUCUCUGAAAUUCUCGGGAUCGCACCGACUCCUUCAUCCAUUUCAUCUACUACUCCUUCCGGUUCUCUGACCCCAGUCACACCUGCAGACAGCGACCUCACCCUCGAGAAGCUCACAACGUCGACCAAGAGCGUCGCAGACUAUUUCAAGGAAAAACUUGGAGCGAAAUCUGGCUCUAAUACCCCAGCUACGAAUAACGACGGCAGCAUUUCUCGGGGAGGGAUUGGCUCUAGUGCCCCUUCUCGAGACGACGUAGAUCAACCGCGAAUUGGACUCGGUGCAGGCCGUAGCUUUGGAGAAGGUGGCUCUUCGAACGUGGUCGCCCAGUUCUUCAAUACAUCCUCCUCAUCACAUGCCACUGUUGUUCAGAUGGCAUCCUCCGCUAUACAGAGUAUAAUUCAACCUCCCGAACCGAUAACGACACCUUCAACAGAUAUUUCCGGGGAUAAAGAGAUGACUGAGAGACAGCAACGCAAAAUGCAGAGAAAAGAAGAAAGAAAAAGCGGGACGCAGAGGUGGUUGAUGUGGUCGCGAGGGCAGGCGUCGAGAUGCCCAACAAUGCUAAGGCGGAAAAGAAGAAACGGAAAGAGGAACGCAAGGCGAAAGCGAAAAGUGCGGAACCAUAUGAUCUUGCUCCACCGGCUGUUGUGGAAGAAUCCGAAGAAAGCUUAGAGUCUGAGAGGAAGUGGCGGAAAGAUGAUAAGAAAAAGAAAUCAAAGUCUGAUAAUCAAGUAAAUGCAGAGGAAGGUGAAACCCGGCCCAAAAAAUCUAAAAAGCGCAGAGCGGAUGAUUCAUGAUCUCUCCUAAAGUCGCCGUUAUACCGUCUAGAUCUCAAUAUAUACCACCGCCAUCAAGCAGUACUACAUUAUCAAAUUUGUAUGUAUAUGCG